GUGUAAAAAGUAGAAAUGAAGCAGUAUUUAAAAAGAUGAAGAGAAUAGCUAACAAGAGUUGCCUCAAGACAACUUAAUGUUGGUAAAGAGAGAUCUCGAGUUCGAGUUUCACCAAAUGCAAAAUUAUUGGGAUACUCACUCGGGUGGGGGCAAACUCAAAAAACAAGUAUUGGGUAAUAGAAUCCCAAAUUCAAUCUUAGAAUUUUGUUUCGGAUUUUCUCUUCCACCCUUUCGCUCCUUCCUCAACCACUGUGCUGCUUUUCUACGACCGCCAUUACUGCACCUCUUUACAGCCAUUGCAGAUGUCAGACAAUCCCUACGAGAGAGUUAAAGGAGGUCGCUUAAGUUUCAAAGGUGGAGAGCUAGCAACUCGCACAAAAACCAUUGACAAGAAGAAAAAGAAGAAGAAAAGCAAAGAAAUUCAACCAUCUGAUAUUCUAGAUGAACAACAAUCCGCCAUUGAUACUGCUUCUGGAGAAGGUAUUUAUACCAUUGAUGCUGCCAAAAAGAUGAAAUACGAUGAUCUUUUUCCUGUUGAGGCGAAGAAAUUUGGGUAUGAUCCUAAAGCUGCUAAAUCUAAGUCUGUUGAAGAAGCUCUUGAAGAUCGUGUUAAGAAGAAGGCUGAUCGUUAUUGUAAAUAGAGGCUUUCAGAAGGCUUAUUGAGGCUUAUGGACAGAAAAAACACUAGGAUGCUCAUUAUUAUCCUCAUGUUAGCUAGCAAAAAAUGCUCGAGAGUUUGGAGACCCAUGCCUUUCAAGGCUAUUUCAGUUGAUUGAAGCAUUGUAUACAUUUUAUGUAACUGACCAACUGUUAAUGGUAUUUGGGUUCAUUAUCCAUUGUUGUAUAUUCUUGGCUUGAAGGUUAGACUGUUUCUGACAUUAAGGUUAGAAAGCUUUUUUUUAGCUCAUGUUUAGCAUAUCACGCGAAAGUGGAGAAAGGUUCAUUA